UGAAGUUUGAAUAGGCGAGCAAGCAACGCGGGUUCUGCGCGUUUAAACUUCAUUUCCCACAGGGCGCUGGGAAGGAAGUCAAGUCCCUCCCCCGCCAAUGCGAACGUUUUUUUGCCAAGCUACGCGACUAAUUUUCGCUACAAGACACAGUCACGGCGAUAUAUCCGUUCGCGAGAUACAAGGACGGUUUUCCCGUCGACAAUGUUACGCACUUUAGCGCGUGCUGCCACUUUCAGCCAGUCGGGGUAAAGGACGACACUUAACAGAUGGUUGCGUAUGCUAACUAGCUUUUGCAUCCUUAGCAUCAUGUUGAAUGACUUGCUCCAAGGAACAGACGCCGGAGGCUUUUUUAUCAUACAAGAUUCAUGUCGUUAUUCGGCCAGACGUCUCCUAUGGAGCUUCAUCAAAGCCGCGUUGAACAGGGAGGAGGUCGUCCACGUCCUCAGCUUCGAGGUCAGUGAGGACGAGCUCAAGAAUGGCUUGAAAGGAUCGCCUAUUGAAAGGCUCCGCUUCCACGACGCUUACAGCGAUCCGCUGGGUUGGUCGGGCCGCGGCGCUUUCACCGUGGACCGAUUCUGCGCGGAAAGCGUCACGGCGCUCGUCGAGCCGUCCUCCCCGGGUCGCCGGGCCGUUUUGGUCAUCGACUCGCUCUCGUGGAUUCUCAGACACAGCGGUCCCGCCGCCGUCUGCCGGGCUGUCCGGCAGCUUCGAAACGACGGGUCCGUCGUCAUCGUCGGGCUCCUCCACCGCGACCUGCAUCCGCGGGGUACGGUGGGCAGCCUGUGCCGCUCGGCCGCGUCGGUCGUCGCCGUGGACGCGGGUCCGAGAGGGGCCGAGGCCAAAGUAACCAAGCGUUUAAAGUCGGGAAAGGUCUUGCAAGACGAGGAGGUGUUCUCCGUCGACGACGACUUGACGGUGGUCGGACGGAGCGAGCCGAGCCGGGUCCGACCGCGAGAACCGGAGAUGGACCCGACAGCCCAUCUGACCUUUAACCUCCGCUUGUCCGACUUGGAACGCGAGGCUAAGGAGAAGCUGGCGCUGCCCUUUGUUUUCACUAAAGAGAAGUAUGAAAAAUGGCCACUUUUGGCAUUUGGAUGCCAAUUUUUGCGCUGGUUUUUGUCUGCAAGGAAAGCGGCUCUUCUGCACACCGGCUCGGGGAGAAUCGUGUACGAGCCCGACGCUAACGACGACUACGACCAGGAGGACCCGGAUGACGAUCUUGACGUGUGAUGACAAAAUGACUGUAUGAAAUGAAACGCUCAAUUAAAUGGCUGUUUUAUACCCCAA